AUGGGACCUGCUGACAGCUUUUCUCCAUUUCAUACAGAAAAGAGAACUAUUCCUGCUAACACCUUUCAUUCUAGUGAAUACUUGACAAUGAAGGGCAGGAGUGACAUACAGCUUUCCUCUGAGCUGUCCGAGGAGGAAGACAAUAUGUACGAGACUGUAAAUUCUUCAGUGCUGGAGGCCAUUCAUUCUUUGAGAAUCCUUCCUGCCAAACCUCUACAAGAAUCUGAAUAUGCAGACACACGCUGCUUAAGGCCUUCAGGUACCACUUCCCCAAUGAGCGAGAGCCCAUCUCAGCCCCCUCAACACUCAGCCAUUCACACAUUUGAUCCGGAGGGAAGAACAGUGCCAAAUGUAAGAGGAGGAAGAAUGAAAACACAUGGAUACCAGGAGCCUACACCUCCCCCACGGCCUCUGAAGAUGCUGCCAAAGCAGUAUCAGCCCCUUCCUCCAGAGCCAAGAAUAAGCAGCCAGGUCUUGCACAAGAGGAACACACUCAGCCGAGAUCCCACCUUUCCAAUAUCAGCAAAAGUCACAAGACAUUCAUCUGUUAAGGAAUCAAAUAAAGCACCUGGAAGAGAGCAAGUUGCAAGUUUGAAGAAAAAACCUGAAGUACCUUUUCAAGCACAAAAGCAUCCUCCUGAAGCCAGCCCUCAAUGUACACGGAGCUCUAAAAACAUUUGCAGAUCAGGUUCCACAUUAAGCGUAGAUAAUUUUACAGUGAAGAAGCCACCACCUCCUACAUCAUAUGCAGCAUGCAAAAAUAAAUCAAAACACUUCCUCGUAGAAGAGGAAAUGCAAUCUCUUACCAAACCCACUGAAAAGGAUUUAAACAAAUGUGAGUGGUACGUUGGAGAAUAUGAUCGCCAUAAAGCAGAGAAGAUAUUGUUACAGAAAAACACUGAUGAGACAUUCUUGGUUAGAGAUUGUUCAAAGAAAUCAAAGGCUGAACCAUACGUUUUGGUUGUUUAUUAUGGAAGAAGAGUAUACAACAUUAAAGUACGGUUUCUGGAAGAAAGCCAACAAUAUGCCUUGGGAACAGGGCUCAGAGGAGAGUGUAAAUUUAAUUCCGUGGAAGAGAUCAUUGACUUCUACAAAUCCGUUCCAAUAACGCUCAUUGACGGAAAGGAUCAGUCAGGAAACCACAGAGAACAAUGCUACCUCACACAUCCAUUCAAGUCAUGCUGACCCUUU